CUUUCCUAAUUCUGACUCACGAUCUUCUGUAUUAUUAGCAUAUUCAAAUUUGAAUUCUGAUAAAAAUCCACCUUGUUUUUUUCACAGAUACAUAAUAAAAAAUAUGUCUAUUAUAUAUCUGUGGUUUUUUCUCUAUAACUUUUGAGGUUAUGAUCUAGUGUACCCAUCUGAUAGUAAGAUAUGAUGCAUGUGCCAUUAUUUUAAAAUUCAAUUGUUGAUUGCUUCAUAUUCUUGUUAUCCUUCAUUAUUAUUUAAAAUUUUAGUAUAUGAAUAAAACUAAAAAUAAUAAUCAAAAUUACAUUAAAUUAUUCUAACAUGAAGAAUGUAUCUGAAGAAACAGAUUCUGAAUUAGACAAAUGUUUAAUAUUUGGAAAUUCACAAUUAAUAUUAAAAAAGUUUUCUAGUGAAGGUAGUAAUGUAUAUGACAUUUUGAAAGAUGUUAUAGAAGGGAAUUAUAUCAAAGUUUUGCAAAAUGAAUUAUUUUUGCACCUGUACAAAGAAAUAAAGUCGUUAAUUCAAUCUACAAAUUUUGGUUUUAUUAUUAUUAAAUAUUUGAAUGAUUUUUUAUCAAGUAAUCCAACAAGAAAUGAAGAAGUUUUUAUGAUUGGUCAAGCUUGCUAUCAAUUAUUUUUACAAAUUAAUUGGACUGGGCCUCAUUUAUCAACAUUGGACCUAGAUGUCUGGGGAACUAGUUGUGAAGUUAUUGAAAGUUUAGUAAAUGAUAUUGAUUGUAUAUCAAGAAAAGUUUUAAAUCCUGAACUAUUAGCCAUAGCUUAUGCAGUUUUCAGUUGUGAUAAAAUAAUGACAAAUACUAGACUUUGGUGGAAAAUUAGAAUGCUUUCAACUCUGCAAUCAUUGUUGAUUGACUUGUCACAUGAUAUAAAAAUAACUAUCGAAGAAUCUUUUAAAAAAAUUGAGAAUGGAGAAUGGACUAUUAAAGAAGAAGAAGUAUUAUAUCGUUUAGAGCAAUGUAAAAUUUAUCUUUCUCACUAUGGAAAUAUUUCUAAAGCUUCAUCAUCUUUAAAUAAAGCAAUGACUUUAUUGGGAUUACAACAUUCACUUGUUGGGGCAAUGGGCAAAAGAACAAAAUAUCAAGUGAAAGAAUUUGCACAAUUAACUCUAAAUGUUCUAUCUAAAGAUAUAGAUACUAAUGAGCAUCAUUAUUGUGUUGAUCACCUUUGUAAUACUUUACCAACGGAUUGUCUUUUGGAUGAUGAAAAUCGGUUAAAUGAUAUAAAAUUUUCAAAUGAAGUCUGUGGUCAAUUUCCAACACUAAACAGUCUUCAACAAGCUGCAAUAUUAAAUUCACUAAUGUUAGAGCAAAAAAGUAAACCAAAAGAUGAUUUACAGAAAGAAGAACUUCAACCUUUUAUUAGAUGUCUAUUACAACAAAAAUCUGUAUGGAGUAUUCACGUUUCUGCACUACUUCAACGAUCUUUACUUGAAUCAGAUAAUAGAAGGUCUGUUCAACGGGCAAUGCAACAGAUUGAAACCUUAAUCAGCAGUAUAAAUAUGAAGACCCCAUUAAUAAUUGAUCGUUUGUAUUUAUUUCAUUGUUCAUUUGUUACACCUUCUUGGCAAUUACAAGCUUAUCUUGGUAAUCUUUUUCUGUCAAUCGGAGCGAUUCAAAGUGCUCUUGACUGUUUUUUAGAAUCAGAUAUGUGGGAAGAAUGUGUUGCUUGUUAUAAUGUUCAAGGUUUAAAACAUAAAGCAGCUGAAAUUCUCGAAAAAGAACUGAAGUCAGAAAAUAUGACUAAAGCUAAGCAUAUUUUGAUUUUAUGUCUUCUUGGUGAUGCUACAGAUAAUAUAUCAUUAUACGAGGAAGCUUGGAAAAUAUCUGACUUUCGUAGUAGUCGAGUUCAGAAACAUUGGGCAUUUUAUUAUUACUCUAGAAAAGAAUAUGAAAAAAGUAUUGAACAUUUUAAAGCAUCAUUGAAAAUAAAUUCUUUACAAGAUCAGUUAUGGUUUAGAUUAGGAUUUGCUUGCAUGACAGAAGAAAAAUGGGUAGAUGCUUCAGAAGCAUACAGGAGAUACUGUGAUUUAGAAAAUGAUUGUUUUGAAGCAUGGAAUAAUUUAGCAAAAUGCUACAUUAAGAAUGGUCAAAAAUCUAGAGCUUAUUAUGCCCUCAAAGAAGCUGUUAAAUGUAAUUAUGAAAAUUGGAUGGUUUGGGAUAAUCUAAUGGUUGUUAGUGUUGAUUGUGGAUGCUUCGAAGAGGCUAUAAAAUGUUAUCAUAGACUUAUUGAUUUGAAAAAUAAACAUGUUGAUUUGGAGGUUUUACAAAUUUUAGUUAAUGCUGUACAAAAUGAUGUUAAAGAUGAAAAUAAUAGACCUGUAUCAGAUCAUAAAAAAAGUUUAUUGCAACUUUUUGGUAGACUUACUUCUCAGGUGCAAAAUGAUGGCAAAAUCUGGAAAUUAUAUGCUGAUUUAGAAGCUAGUAAUUCUUGCCCAAAUAAAGAAAUAGCUGAUAAAGUAUUACAUCAUUUCCAGUGUGCUCAUCGUUUUACAACUCAAGGAAACAAAUGGGCUCAAAAUACAGAUGUGUGUCUAUCUGUUAUAUCUUUAUCAAUGGAAUUAGCGAAUGCUUAUGUAAGUUGUUUUAAUAAUGUAGAAAAUGUGGAGCAGAAACGAAGAUAUCUUUCCUCAGCAAAACUUAUGUUAGUUUCUGUAUUGUCACAAAUAGAAAAAGAACAGGGAAUAUUAGAUGGUGUUAAAGAAGACUAUGAAAAAUUAAAGAAUGAAUUAGAUCAAAUUAAACUACGACUUGCUACAGAACUAUAACAUUUUUAUUUUGUAGUUUAUAAAGAAAUAUAUUUAUAUAUAUUGGAA